GCGGGAGUAUUAUGCAGAAUAUUAAUUUAAAAUUGAAUAUUAAUUACAAAACGGUAUUGCUGGCAAUACGCAAAUGAUAUAUUUGAUAGCCUACGUGACAAAUGUAAUUGCAUAAAGUGCGUAAGUGGUUGCGAGUGUGAAACUUAGUUUUUUUUUUAUCGUGUAUUUGCAUACAUUUCCAUUGCUCGCGUUGUUGUUGCUGGGCAUUAAACGCAAACGGUGGACAACGAAUUAGCAGCGCACAAGCCAAAAGCAAAUAACAAAUCAACAGAUCCACAUCAGAGAGACUGAGUGAGAAAACGACGUGAGUGAGCAAGCGAGACAGCGAGAGGCAGAGAGAAAGAGAAAGAAGCGAGGAGACGACGGUAGCGUAAACGUUACCGAGUUGUAUAUUGGAACACACGCCCGUCAUCGAGUAGAACAGUCGCCAUCACGACGUCGCCGCCGCAAGCGCCGUUGCUGUUCAUCGAGCAUUUGGACAACGCCAGCGCCGCCGACGCACGCGGGCGUGUCUAUAAGCUGAGGAAGAAGAAGAAAUAUCUUAAUCAAGUGCACAUCACAUAGAGAAUCCUAAACCAAACCACUAACUAACCGCAACGAUAGUGUGAGGCAAGUGUGAGGGAGAGCGAGAGAAAGUGCGUGCGAUUGCGAUUGCGUCUGCGUUUGCAUUUCAGUGUUGAGAAUGCCCGUGCAGUCACCCAUUGAGAUAAGCAAUCGUGCCAUCGAGCAUAUUGAUGAUGUCGAUCCUUUGGAGUACCAUGGCCACUGGGAGCCCGUGGGCGUGGCACGUGUUCAAAACACCGGCACCUCGGCUAUGGUCACCUUUAGCAAACGUAAACAACAACCGUAUAUUAUAGGCGGUGCCCUCGAAUCGAAUAUGUAUAUGUUUGAGCAAAUUCAUUUCCAUUGGUCCGAUUCGGAUGAAUCCGGUUGCGAGCAUACGCUGGAGGGCAUGAAGUAUUCGAUGGAAGCGCAUGCGGUGCAUUAUAAUGCCAAAUAUAAGGAUUUCACUGAGGCCAAAAAUAAGCCCGAUGGUCUGGCGGUUGUGGCAUUUUUCAUACAAGCUUGUGGUGAAAAGGAUUGCCCCGAGUUUAAAAAGAUCACCGAAGGCAUACGCAUUGUCCAAAAGAUACACACAAGUGCGUCCUUAGAUUCCGAUUGUUUAUCCUGGAUUGGCCUGCAGGAGCUAAGCAAGCAUUAUUAUACUUACAAGGGUUCGCUAACAACAGCGCCUUACUUUGAAAGCGUCACCUGGAUUAUAUAUCGUACGCCCAUCUAUGUGUCACGUGGACAGGUCGGUGUCUUUCGCAAUUUGCAAUCAUGUCCUAAGGACGAGUCCAAAAAGAUCACCAGCAACUAUCGCGAGAUACAGCGCCCUCAUAAGGAUCCAGAAAUCUUCUUUGCACGCAAUACCAACACCAAAUCCAAGUUAUGAGCUCUACAUAUUUUUUAUAUAUUUUGAAUGCAGCGCCACAAUCUAUCAAUCAACUCUAUAUAUAUCUUUUUUAUAACUUAUGGUUGUUUCGACUAAGCUUAAAGGAAUCAAUGCCUCAUGUACAUAGCUAUAGCUCUUAGCUAUAUAUAUCAUAUAUAUAUACUUUCGUAUACCUAUAAUAUGUGUAGAUAUUGUGUAUCAUUUUUUUUUUAUAUAUAUAUGUAAACACACACUCACACAAACAAACACACACACACACGUGGUUGCCUUGCAUUGUCGUAAAUAUUUCGUGGAAAUAUUUAUUAACUAUUUACAAAACUUAAGCCAACUAACUAACGUACUAUGUAAAAUCUAUUUAAGUUGAAAAAAAGGAAAUAUCUUUUAU